AUGUUUACAUACCGUGAUGUGUUGAUAUCUAAUGUUGCGGAACGUCGUUUCUAUGACAAGUUACGUCAGAAAAUCAAAUUACGUCACGACGUUUGGGGUUUCAGAAGAUACCAUCCUGAACUCCCGGGACUCUGUUAUUACAGCAGUUAUAUAAGACAUUUGAGAACAAAAAUUAUAAGCUGGCCAACACAUCAAGAAAAACAAGUCAUUAAAGAUCAUUAUGAAAGAAAAAAUGGGUUCCCCAAUAUUAUUGGGAGUUUAGAUGGCACACGCAUUAGAAUAAGUGCACCAAGCGAGAACCAAAAAUCAUACAUAAAUCGCAAAGGAUUCCAUUCUAUUCAAUUGCAGGCUGUCUGUAGAGAAGAUUUAACAUUUACUCACUGCUUUACCGGUUUCCCCGGGAGUGUUCAUGAUUCAAGAAUAUUGAAAAAUUCUGAUUUAUGGGAUUAUGGACAAGAGCUAUGCGGGAAUGAUCAUAUCUUAGCUGAUGGUGGAUAUCCACUACAGACAUGGUUAUUAACACUACCGGGACAACGGAUUUUAACCCCUAACCAGCGACAUUUCAACUCCUUGCUGUCUUCAAAUCGAGUGUCCAUAGAACGAGCCUUUGGGCUUUUAAAGGGUAGAUUUCCACGCCUUACAAGCUUGGUUGUUAAUAGGGUAGAGACAGCAGUGGACAUAAUUAUGGCUUGUUGUGUUUUGCAUAAUGUCUGCAUUCAGCAAGAUGUUAAAGUUGAAUUAAUGCAAUGA